UCGAUUUAGUUUUGUUGUAGUUUUAAGUAAAGAGUCUCUUCUUCUUUUUCCUCUCCAGGAGAUUUGGAUUUUGAAUGAGAUAUGGGAAUAAUCAGCACAAUAUUGGGUACGUUUGGUUUCGGAUUCGGAACGACGAUCGGAAUCUUGAUCGGUUACUACCUGUUCAUCUAUGACCAAUCUACCGAUGUUCAGGAUCCUGAGAUAAAGCCAUUGGUGGAGUUAGACUCAGAAGCUAUAGCAAAAAUGUUUCCUGAAAUACCUUUGUGGGUGAAAAAUCCAGAUUUUGAUCGUAUUGACUGGCUCAACAAGCUCAUUGGCCAUAUGUGGCCAUAUCUUGACAAGGCUAUUUGUAAUAUGGCCAAGUCUAUUGCAAAACCAAUUAUUGCUGAACAAAUUCCAAACUACAAAAUAGAUUCAGUUGAAUUUGAAAUGCUCACUUUGGGUUCAUUGCCACCAACUUUCCAAGGAAUGAAAGUUUAUGCAACUGAUGACAAAGAACUGAUCAUGGAGUUGUCAGUAAAGUGGGCUGGGAACCCUAAUAUCCUUGUUGCAGCUAAAGCAUUUGGGUUAAAAGCCACAGUCCAGGUGGUUGAUUUGCAAGUCUAUGCUACCCCAAGAAUCACUCUGAAGCCAUUGGUUCCAUCCUUCCCCUGUUUUGCCAACAUAUUUGUCUCCCUUAUGGAUAAGCCACAAGUAGAUUUUGGACUGAAGUUACUAGGUGUAGAUGUAAUGGCAAUUCCUGGCUUGUACGGGUUUGUCCAGGAAAUCAUUAAAGAUCAGGUUGCAAACAUGUACCUAUGGCCAAAGACUCUGUGUGUACAGAUAAUGGAUCCUUCUACUGCAAUGAAGAAGCCUGUUGGAUUGCUUAAUGUGAAGGUCAUAAAAGCAAUAAAGCUUAAGAAGAAAGACUUUCUCGGUGGAUCAGACCCUUAUGUGAAGUUAACACUCUCUGGAGACAGAGUUCCUGGUAAGAAGACAGUUGUUAAACACAGCAAUCUAAACCCUGAGUGGAACGAAGAGUUCGAUUUAGUUGUCAAAGAACCAGAGAGCCAAGAACUGCUCCUCAUUGUUUAUGACUGGGAACAGGUUGGUAAACAUGAUAAGAUAGGAAUGAAUGUGAUUCAACUUAAAGACCUUACCCCAGAGGAGCCAAAACUCAUGACACUUGAGCUGUUGAAAUCCAUGGAACCAAACGAGCCAGUUAGCGAGAAAUCGCGUGGACAGCUCGUAGUGGAAGUGGAGUACAAACCCUUUAAAGAAGAUAACAUUCCAGACUACUUAGAUGAUCCAAAUGCAGUAGAGAAAGCACCAGAAGGCACACCUUCUGGUGGUGGAUUGCUUGUGGUUAUUGUUCACGAAGCUGAAGAUUUAGAAGGCAAAUAUCACACGAAUCCUUACGUUCGUUUGCUGUUUAGAGGAGAAGAACGCAAGACAAAGCGUGUGAAGAAGAACAGAGAGCCAAGAUGGGAUGAAGAUUUUCAGUUUCCAUUAGAUGACCCUCCUGUAAACGACAAGCUUCACGUUGAAGUCAUAAGUACUUCUUCACGAAUGGGUUUGAUUCAAUCUAAGGAAGCUCUUGGUUACGUAGUGAUAAAUCUUGCUGAUGUGGUGAGUAACCGGAGAAUCAAUGAUAAGUAUCAUCUGAUUGAUUCCAAGAAUGGUCGGGUUCAGAUUGAGCUUCAGUGGAGAACUUCUUCUUGAGAACCAGAGGUUUGUGUGUUUCUUCUCCUAGGGUUCACCAAAGAACACUUUUUGUCUCGAUUAUCUUGCACUGUACGUAAAGUCUCUAGAUUAACAAUGUUGAGUUGCUAAUGGCUACUACUAUGACUUGAUUUUAAGCAUAAUGGACCUUAUACAAACAGAAUGUGCCUUAUUUCAACCUUGAUUCAAAUGGGGUUUCAUGGAAAUUACCGGGCCAACAAAUGCAUAAAUAAAUGUUAUGAUUUUAUCUUGCAGCUUAUCAGAUAAUAGCGAUCCAAAGUUUUUUUUUUUUUUGGCACAAGCGAUCCAAUGUUUAAGUUUUGCAAAUCCAUUGUUUCCAUUGAUGAUUUACAUAAAUCUGAUUAUUUAAAAUAAUGGUUAUUAUAUAUAUAAAUAUAUAAAUUGAAUAAAAUUUAGUUGGAGUUAGUUAGUAAAUAAAAGUGGAAUGGUUAAUGGUUUGAUGAAAAGCUGGUAGGAAGUGCAGGUAGAUGUAUUAAGCUUAAAAACUUCUUCGAUUCAAUGAUUUUGUUCAACAGCUCAACGCUGUGCAAGUAUUGUUUAAAAAAGAUUAUAUAAAUAGAAAUAAAGCUAAUAAUAACGCAUGAUGCGAAUUAGAUACCAGCUAUAUAUGAUUUCAUCAAAUGUAACAACGAAGCUACUGAAUAAUGGGACUUGUGAUAAUGAUUUGAAGAUGGGGACGUUCAGUGACAUGGGGGAUCAUUAUUCGUCUGGGUUAGUUAGAGUUAGGCACGUCCCUUUGGAGUUUGGUCUCUGUCACCUAUGUUUCGUAAUCCGAAAGGAAUCGAGAGAAGAAAUAAAAGAGUCGUUUGAUAGUAUCUGUGAUGAAUCGUGCUGUAACACUAAGUGGCACGUUCUAAGUAAAGAGUUGCCCAAAUCCAAUGAUUAUAGAUUUCAUAAUCAGCCUAUCCAUAUUUAGCUAUACUACAAAAGUCGUAUCCCGUAUGUCUUUUUUGGUUUAAUUUUUGUACUCUCUCGAAGAGAUAGCAAUACAGAACAUUCAUGACAUUUGUAUUAUUCAAAAAUUCAAAACCCGUGACAUAAAAAG